ACUCGCGAGUAAGGGAGAGAGGGUUUUGGCUUUUUCUUCUCGCCGCGGUUAAGCUCUGGUUGCGUUCGUCAAUAAGUGUUAAAUUAUGUUGGAGAUGAAGAGAAGCAUGAAUGAAGAGGAACUUCUUCUUAUAAACGUCUCAUGUGGCUGCGAUUAUUGUCGUGAUAGCAAAACGAUGAUUUAGUAACUUUUCUGGGGAAACCUUUUUUUUCGUCAACUUACGAGUUUUACUGUAAAUAGCUGCUGCUGGGCGUUUACGGUGUUGUCCGCUGCUCUCUAGGUUGUAUCUUUGGAUCCCAAUCUCAAAUUGAAUCAGUCGGUCAAAAGAAAUUGCAAACAUAUGGAGGACACAUCGACUAUAAGAUGCAAGACAUGUGGCCAUGUCGGCCUGGCUGAUGGUUUGGAUGGCUAUUAUUACUGCUUACAAUGUGGAUCCCAAGCUGAUGACAUCAUGGACACUGGUGUUGCGGAUGAGGAUUUCGUUGAUAGAGGUGGUGACGCUCGCGGCGGUGUUUAUCAGCCAAUCCAUACGCGUCGUUCCCAGCCUGUUACCCCAUCACAACCUCUCUCUCAGCAGGACUCCCGCCAUUCUCAGUUUUGGUCCCAGAUUACUCCUGAUCAACCAAGCAUUCAUGGCACUCAUGACACACAGAGCAUGCAGGUAAAAAGAGAGAAGGAAAUUUAUGAUGCGCUUGGGCCCUCAGCCCCAUCAGAUUUUGGUUCGGAGGGGAAUGUGGAAGGGGCCUUGGCUUAUGAGGAUUAUUACAAUGAGGUGAGGAGCAGGUAUGUGAUGGGCAUACAGUUGAUGCUUCAGUCACAAUGCGAAGCUCUUGUGGAGAAGUUCAAUGUGACCCCCUUGAUUUGUGGGAUGGUGGGUCCGGUUUGGCUUAGAUUUAUGGCCUUGUCUAGGGUUUUUGCAGAUGUGUGGGCUGAUGAGGUUAUUCAAGACUCUGAGAUUCAAACACAAGGAGAAGCUCAAGAUACAAAACGUCAUAUUAGAACGAAGGGAGAACCUCACAAUUUGUAUGGUCAGAGAGCAGUGACAAUAUGGAUUAAGUCUUUGAGAAAAAGCAUACCUUUAUCUUGCUCUUUAGCUAUUUGCUUUUUGGCUUGUCACCUAGCAAGGGAAGCAAUUUUGCCAACAGAUAUAGUGAAGUGGUCACUUGAAGGGAAGAUUCCAUAUUUUGCUGCCUUUGUUGAUAUUGGAAGGCAGAUGGGAGAGAAUUCUCGUGCCUGUCCUGUUAGCGUAAGUGUUAUGUUUAAGCCUUCUCAAGCUGUUUCUUCCCGGAGGUUAGAAUCAUUGGCAGCAUCAAUUGCUCAAACUGUAGGUUUAAGUUUACCUCCGGUGAAUUUCUAUGGGAUUGCGUCACGCUAUCUCAAGCAGUUAUCUCUUCCUGUUGAAAAGAUUCUUUCCCAUGCAUGCCGCAUAUAUGAGUGGUCAAUGCCUCCGGAUUUAUAUUUAUCAAUAAAUGAGUUCAGACUUCCUACUCGUGUUUGCGUAUUGUCCAUAGUAAUUGUGGCAAUAAGAAUUCUUUAUAACAUACAUGGUUUUGGAUCAUGGGAGGGGACUCUGUUAAGUCAUAAUUCUUCCUCUUUGGCAUCUGACCCUGAAGAGAAACUGGGACCUAUAUGUAAUUCUGAUGGCAGGGGUGAUCCUGAACAGGGUGCUGGUUCUUCUCACAAUGUGGAUGAUAUGGGUACAAAACCUUCCAGAAAUUCAUCACAUGUGAUGAAAUCUGAUUUUAGUGCUGAAGAGCUACUAAAGCACCUUGAAUCAAAACGCAACGAUAUUGAUGACUGCUACGAAUAUUCCAAGGAUCUGAAGACAUACUUAAAAUUCUGUAAAGAUGUGGUCUUUGCUGGAGUGGAAUUAUCAUCCUUGGAUAAUGAAUACAAGAUGAUAGAGGAGUUUUGGAAUUUCUAUGAGAACGAAAAGGAACUACCAAAAGACUUUGAAGAUCAGUAUAAGAGUUCUUUUACCCAGAGGGGAUCAGAUGAUGACAUCGAAUCUCUUAAUAGGUUUUCUUCACAAAAUGACGAGUCAACAAAUAAAGAGGGUGAUUGUAGUCCAUCUAAUGGUGAUGUUCACGGAAUUGACAGCAUUAAUGGCAAAUGUCCUUCUGGUAGAUCCCUUGGCGAUCAGAAUUCAAACCAAACUUCAGAUGAAGCUCUCAAGGAUAGAGCCAUUAGACAAAUGAAGGCAGACAUGGAACAGAAUAGGUUCUGUUAUAUUCCACCAAGGGUCAAUAUUAAGAGACUUGAUUACCUUCACUAUGUUAGGAAGAGGGAUCAAGGUUCAUUGACUUACGUUGCUCAUGCUGAUUAUUAUAUUUUGCUUCGUUCGUGCGCUAAGGUUGCACAGGUUGAUGUUCGGAUUAUGCAAAUGGGGGUAUUGAAUCUGGAGAAGAGACUAGCAUGGUUGGAAAACAGAAUCGACCAUUGCUUGCAUCUCCAUUUUCCUAGCAUUACUUGUGAAUUCUGUGUUGAUGUGUCCAAUGAACCUGAAGAUGUUGUCAGUAGAUGAUCCUGUUGGACUCUCAAAGUUAAGUUAAUAAGAAAAAGCUUUUUUAGUUA